AAUAAAGUUGACGAGAAGUUAUCAGCUCCGAAUUCAGCUAAUCAAGAACAGAAAAGUGAUGAAGGUACUAAUAAACCAAAAGAGGCUGUUGGUGAGAAGCCUCUUGAGCACGUGGAAGCAGGACCUUCAAUAACUAUGCAAGAUCGCAAGGAGGCUUCUGUUGUCACGUCCACAUAUCAACUUAGAGAAAAGCGUUCGUAUCCACCUAGUUUCAAAGAUUCUAAUAAAUCAGAUGAUUCACGCCCUUCAAAAGUUCACAAGGUCUCUUCAAAGACUGUACAAUCACAAGAGAAUUCUUCCGUUAUAGCAUCGUAUAAAAGUUCUGAAAUCAAUAUGCCAUUACAAGUCACUGCAAAUAAAGAUCCUGAUAUUACCGAAAACUUAAAUGGCAAAUCAAUAAUAAAAGAUGUAACUAUAUAUCCUGCACCAUCAUCUACAAAAUCUGGUCCCGUACGUAAGCUUGGACGGCCUCCAAAAUCACAAGAAACUCAACGUACCAACACUCAACGUAAUUGGACAUGGCAGAAAAAGAAGAAAGACCUAAAGACGAUUUUAAAUAAGUUAUUGGACUCUUUCGAAAAGUAAUGUAUAAUUUGAAUCUUAUUUUAAAUUUCUAAUAAAUAUAUCAUCAACGAUCAUUUUUUUGGUAAACCAGGAAAGAUGCGUACGGGUUUUUUUUAGAGCCGGUUGAUACAAGCAUUGUUACAGAUUACUCAACAAUUAUUAGUAAUCCCAUGGACCUUGGCACGAUGCGUAGAAAGGUAAACAACAACGAGUACACAGACAUUGACACAUUCAAGGUUGGUUGUAUUACAAUACUUUUUUUAAAGUCUCAACAUUAUUUACCCAUUUUUAAUGAAUUAUUAU